AUGGACCAAUCAGCACCGACUGCAGUGAUGGAAAAUAUGCGUUCGCCUACGCUGGAAGCGCUGUGCCAUGAUCUGGAUAUGUUUAUCAAUGAAUUGACUGUAAGCUCUGCCAAAAAUCGGUCUUCAACCUCUAUCAGCGAAACGAAACACCACAAUUACAAAGAGAUAACUCCUCUUGAACUCGAUAAAUCAAUGAAGGGAUUCCAAGAUGACUACUACACAAACAACACACCCGCAGCAGAUCAAGACGAGUCAGAGUUUUAUCAAGACGAAAGUCCUGGAUACUCACCUGUAUUGGAAAACUACACCAGAUUCAGUGAAUACGCACCUGUGAAUGAUGUGGCAGCUACUGUACCCAAAGUGUCCCACACUCCUCCAAUGUCACCUAGUUUUCUACGAGUUAGCCACAAUAGUACUACCAGCAACAGCAGCAGCAGCAAUAAUGGAACCGACUAUUUUAGACAAUCCAAUGACGAGUAUGUAUUCACUACUCGAUCUAGCUCGCUGAAUCGUGCUACUUCCUCCUCGUCAGGAAGAUCCAUCGUCCACUUGAACAACAACCGCAUGGUGCCUCCGUCACCCAACAAGGCAAUCUUUUCAAAUCCAACAUCUCCAUUAGCAUUCGAAAUCAACACUAUAGAAGAGUCAGUCAGGGAGAUACCCAAUCACGCCUUAUUAUCCUACAUUGCCAGCCACUUUAUCAAUGCUGUUGCAUUACUCAACCAACGUAGACGCAUCUACUGUUCAGCAGAAUACCCACUAAGCUUUACCGGAGAGGAGGCCAUUGACAUGAUCCGAGGGUUUUCUCCUUCUGGAUUGAAAGAUAGCAUCUACUUGGACGUGGCUCAAAGUCUCAUGUACUGCAAACCUGCGCUUAUUGUGCCUACUGAUAGCUCGGAAAAAUCUAUCCGCAAAAAGCGAAUUUAUAAUUCACCUACUGAAAUGUAUACCUUAGUUGAAGCCGCCUUGGAUGAGGAUAUUCAAGGUAUUUAUACCCCUUUUACCCGCUGUUAUUCCAUGAGCUGUCUGCCUGGACAGCCUGGUUGUUACUCUGCAUCUUGUCCAAACAAGGUCUAUUCCUUGAAUGGCUAUAUUUUCAAAAAACCAACUGCUGUUUCGGUCGUGUCCUCUUCUUCGCAUGAUACGACUCUCUCACGUGCUUGGUCAGCUACCAUCGCAAAGGACAUUUUGAAAUCCAUGCCUGAUGAUGAAAUCAAGAGACAGGAAGCCAUUCAUGAAGUAAUUUACACAGAGGAUGAUUAUGUUCGAGAUUUGAAGAUUUUGGAUGUGGACUUUGCCAAAGAAUUGCUCGCUUCCCAAUCGAUUGAAGAGUCUCGCAAACAAGAGUUCCAUGACAAGGUGCUAAAUAACUAUCAAGAGAUCCUUGAGAUCCAUGAUGCGCUGUACAAGGAGCUGCGAGAUUAUCAAGCCGUGUGCCAAUCUACCAGCGGCAUUGGGCUGGUAGACAAGAUUGGCGAUAUUUUUUUACGUCAUGUUCAUCGCUUCAUGGAUGCCUAUCUCAAAUACGGCCCACAUGUUGUGUUGGCUGAGUACUUUGCCAAAGUGGAAUCUGAAACUAAUAUGGUGUUUAGACACUUUAUCAAAGCCCGAGAACAGUUAGCUCAAUGUCGUCGCCUACCGUUUCGCCAUUUCAUCAUCCUACCAGUAACUCGACUGCAGCGCUAUUCCCUGCUCCUGGGUGCCGUAUUGAAAAAGACACCAGAUGAUAGUCCAGACAAGCAAUAUUUGACAGAAUGCAUUGACAUUAUCAAAAGUGUGGCAUCGAAAAUGGAUGAAGGCACACUAAAGACCAAAAACACACUUCGCAUCUACGAGAUCAACAGCCGCAUUCGAUGCAAGCCAGAUGAACCACAUAAUUUGGACUUGUUGAAGCCAGGUCGUCGUUUGCUACAAGAAGGCAUACUGACUCGCAAAUCCCACAUGGUAGUGGAGACCGUAGAAUUGUCAGUGUUUUUGUUUGACCAUUUGCUGCUGUUCACCAAAGCAAGGAAAUCAGCUACCAAAGAAAACGAUGUCGAGUAUCAUGUCUCAAAGCGACCCAUCCCAAUGGAACUACUACAUAUGCAAGAAGCAACAGAAGGAUUCUCUAUGGGCAUGCGAAAUAUGAGCAGCACCUACUCGACUCAGUCUAGCACCACCACCAUGCUCCCUUCCUCCUCUCCAUUCGGCGUGAGCUACCCCAUCCUGCUCUCUCAUCUUGGACGCAGAGGUGCUGAUUAUCUGCUGUAUGCUGAAAGUGCUGCAGCUCGUCUGGAGUGGAAGGAAAAAGUAGUUGAGGCAAAAGCAAUGUUGGAAAUGGCAGACUUGGAAAAACGUGUGUUUGAAAUAAGAACAUUGAGCGAUACAACAUUUGCUGGUUCAAAUCAUCAAUCGCCUCAUAACCACGGCAAAGUCACUUGCACAGUUCCGUUCAUGGGUCCAACGGGUAUUCGCAUGAUUGCAGUGGGCACUCAACAGGGAGUCUGGAUGGGCAUUGAAGGAGACACCAACACCAUCAAGCUUGCUUUGGCUAUUUCUGACGUGCAGCAAAUUGCUGUCUUGGAAGACCACCAUAUCUUUUUGAUUUUAUCCGACAAGACCUUGUACGCUUAUGCCUUGGACUCACUCAUACCAAAAGACAACACGCGCAAACUAGCCAACGACAAGCCGCAUCAAAAGAUUGCACAGCACAUCUCCUUCUUCCAUUCAGGCAUUUGCAAUGGCCGCACCAUCGUCAUUGCAAUGAAGAAGCGAGGCGUGGAUAGCAACUUCAAAGUGUUGGAACCUGUGUGUGGUGAUUUGCGAGAUCCCAAGAGCAGCAAGUUUUUUGCCAAAUCUGGUCUAUUCAGCAAGAUGCCAUCUUGGUUCAAGAGCUCCAUGGAAUUUUACAUUGGCACUGAAUCUUACGCUAUGCACUUUUUGAAAGCGCGUGUCGUAGUGGUGUGUGCUCGUGGCUUUGAAAUCAUCAAUCUGGAAGCGCUCAACAUGAACCGCAAUUUGCCCGACAUGACAAACCCUGAUUUUGCGUUUGUUCAGCAACGUGGAGAAGAUUUGCGGCCGUUGGGCAUGUACCGUUGUAGAGAACACUAUCUGCUGUGUUAUGAUGCUUUUGCGUUCAUGGUCAAUGUGCAUGGCGCCUUUGUGAAAGAUGCUGCUCUGAUUCAAUGGGAGGGUGUGCCCCAAUCUGUGGCAUUUUAUUACCCGUAUGUCAUUGGGUUCGAUGCUCGAUUUAUAGAAAUUCGCCAUGUUGAGACAGGUGAAUUGAUUCAAGUGCUAGCCGGUAAUCACAUGCGUUGUCUGCAGUUCAUAAACAACAAUAUUGCACCAGUGAUCCAUGGCUGCAUGGCUCAUCCAUUCAAGCCUGAAUUCCAGUAUAUUUUCCAACUAGCUGGUACCUUUGAACCACCUGUUUAA